AAUUGAAUUCGAAAUCGAAACAUACAAAUAAAAACCCUAACCCUAAUUCUUUGUUGAAUUAGAAUCAGAGAAAAUGACGCAAAAAUCGACACUUUUCAAGGGACAAGCUAAGAAGAAAUCGAUUCCUGCCAAUCGUCAUGGCAAAGUUCCACAAACUCGCAAAGGGAAGAGGAAUAUAAAGCCAUCCAAGGUUACAAAGGAUAUGGAUGCUGAUCGUGAGGUGAGCAAAUUCAUUAACCAUUGCAAUGAGAUUAAAGCUGCAACUGUAGCUACGAAGGACGGUGGUUAUCUAAGCAUUGUUAAGACAGCACCAGAGUCUGCUAGUGGUGCAGAUAAAUAGUUAUUGAUGUACGGAAGUUGUGAUAACUGAAUAUAUCUUAUAUACAAUUGUGUAUUUGUAAAAGCAAUUUUGAUAAUCCCUUUUUUCUUGACCUCA